AUUACUGAAUUUUGUUUAAGCAUAUAUUAAUGAAAAAAAAAAGUACUAUAAAAAGAUAAAUGAUCCAUACACAUAUAACAUUAUGUAUAUGAAUUUAGAAUAACGAAUGCAGUCACAAAAACAUGGCGCUGUGUUAUAUGAGAUUGCUUUGCCGGCGAAACAUCAAUCCUUGUACUUUCCGGAAUUUAUAUACCUCGAGCUCAAAAAAUGUCGCCGUAUCGAAACCAUUCUUCAUGGGAAGUACAAUUUGCGAAACUCACGAUGAGAAAAACCUGCGCCUUAAAAGACCUAUGUCACCACAUUUAUCUAUUUACCAAGUUCAAUUAACGUCAUUACUUUCAGUUUCACAUCGUACAACAGGCAUAAUAUUAUCAACUUAUGCUAUGUUGCUUGGUUUUGGAACAUUACUUAUACCAGGUGGUAUUCCUUGCCUUAUAGAAAUAAUUACAAAUUUAGGUUUGUCAGCUCCUGUUCUUUUCGUGGGGAAAACCUUAAUUGCUUUUCCUGCUACAUUUCAUACAUUCAAUGGAUUGCGUCACUUGGCUUGGGAUUUAGGAAUGUUCCUCACAAUUAAGGAAGUGUAUAGCACUGGUUAUGCAGUAACCGCAUUAUCAGGAAUUUCUGCUCUUGCUCUUGCUGCAAUAUAAAUUUAGAUAAUUGUAUUGUCUUAGUAUGAUAUAAUUUAUAUUGAAAAUUAAUUGUACUAUUAGAUCAACGUGUUCCAUCUUGUAUUUUGGAAAUUGGAUUAAAUUUAUAAAAAGUCAAAA